UAGAUAUCAAGAAGAAGAAGAAGAAGAAACUAGUCAAAUUAAACAGUUAUGAAAAUGUCAUCGCCUUUGACAAUCCUUUUCAUUUUUCUAUCUUUGAUCAUGAUCAACCAUCUCUAUGUGGUAAGUUCCACACAAUGGUGUAUAGCAACUCUGACCGCGACGAAUGCGCAGCUACAAGAUAAUAUUAAUUUUGCAUGUAGUCAAGGAGUUGAUUGUGGGCCAAUCCAACCAGGGGGAUCCUGUUUCGUCCCCGAUACUCUUGUAAGUCAUGCAUCGUUUGUGAUGAAUGCUUAUUACCAGAGCCACGGUCGAAUCAUGAAGGCGUGUAGUUUUAAAAAUACAGGCACAAUUGCUGCGACAGAUCCUAGUUAUGGAAGUUGUGUGUAUGGAUCUUAAAAAUAUAAAAUUGGCUCUGAUUUAUAUGUAUGAUAGAUAACUG